UCUCGACUAACGGAGCGAAUAUUUUGAGUUAAGGAAAGAGAUCAUAUCUCGACUCCAUGUCUCUUAGCGAAUACGAUUUCUUAUCGUUCUUGUAUUCGUUUUUUACAUUCGUUUAAUUUCCUUAACAUCACUUUUAUUUUAUCGUUUUUGUCAGUCCGGUUAUCCGGCUUCUACAAUCUUAACUCAAAAUCGCUUUAUUUCUAAAGCUCGAAUCGGGUUGAAAAACGAUUUAUAAAAACGGGUUUUGGAACCGUGUUUGCGAUUUGCUUUCUAGCACUUCCGCGAAACGUUUUAUUAUUAUCUGAUAACGAUGUUUGCGAUUUGCUAUACGCUUAUCCGCGAAACGUUUCUGUGUUAUUCUGAAAACGUCUUUGCGAUUUGCUUUAUAGCACUUCCGCGAAACGUUUCUGUUUUAUUUCAUUACGAUUUGCGGAUUGCUUUCUAGCAUUUUUGCAAAACGUUUUUGAUACAUAUUCAAAACGUUCUAUAAAAUGAAUCGUUUCAAGACCGCUUUCUUAAGCGAGUUUGUGAAACAUUCUAAGUCUAUAAAAAUGGUUUCUGCGAACGCUUUUAAGCGAGUUUGCAAAACGUUUUCUCAAGACUAUAUCGAUAUGAUUUGGUUCAAACACCAAAAAUGAACAUCGAUUUUAGACUAUUAUUUUCUUUAAAAUAAUAUGUUAUUUGUUGAAUGGAGUACUAAUCCGUUUUUUCAUGUUUUCUCUACAGAAAAAUGACAAACGAUAACAACAACCCCAUUGGCAUCUCGGAUGUCAUUCAGACUCCAUUCAACGCUGCAGCAACUGAUGCAACUGGCGUGACAACCGCUGGAAACAUCACGGCGUCAACCACUGCAGCAACAACAAGCACUAUCCUCCCUGCAGGAAAUGCUGCUGAUGAAACCACUCGCCGUAGUCUAUUCGGUGCUGGUCUUUAUCAGACGGGUUCAAUUUCAGGAACCGCAAGUGGUCCGGUGGCAGUUCAAACUCCUCCGGCUGUCCCUAGUGUGUUCACUCAAGGACUGAUGCCAAACCAGUUUGAUGGCAAAGGCUUCAAGACGUGGCAGAAGAAGAUGUUGUUCUUCCUGACAACGAUGAAGCUAGACAAGUUCAUCCAGGAGGAUAAGCCCAUUAUGCCUUACGGGAUUGAUGAUGUUCACAGUCUCGCAACUGUAGACAUAUGGGUGCAUUCGGACUUCAUCUGCAAAGGCUACAUUUUGGGUCGCCUCAUUGACCCAUUGUACCGUAUCUACUGUGAGUUCCCCACGGCGAAAGAGCUAUGGAGAUCACUGGACAAGAAGUACAGAGGUGAGGACGCUGGCUGCCAGAAGUAUGUGGUUUCAAAAUUCCACGACUUCAAAAUGGUGGAUUCAAAACCCAUCAUGGAUCAGGUGGAAGCGCUUCAGCUCAUUUGCCAUGAAAUCGCUGCUGAAGGAAUGUCUAUCUGCGAGACAUUCACAACUCUCAGUUUCAUUGAAAAGCUUCCUCCAAGCUAUGCGGAUUUCAAGAACUACUUGAAGCACAAGAAGAAGAAGAUGGGGCUCGAGGAGCUCAUCAUGAGGCUUCAGAUGGAAUCCAGAAACCGAAUGCUGACAAGGUCACUGCUAAGGAGCACAGUGUCAACAUGGCUGAGCACAAAGGCAAAGGAAAGGCACACGCCCAUUCUCCUGCCAAGCCUUCCAAAACUGCUGCAGCCCUGAAGAC